CUUGAUUGCAGUGUCCGGUAUGUUUACACGAGCUAUGCGGUUUCUUCAGAUUCUGACCAUCCAUUGAUGUCAACAAUUACAGUAGUCACUGCAAUUAUCAGUGCAGCUUCUCAGAUGGUAUUUACUUGAUUUUCUGAUGUGUUUGGAAAAUUAUCGCUGUUUAUUACAGCUCUUUUGUUCUAUGCAGUUAGUACAAUCAUCCAAAGUCAAGCUACAGACGUCCAGAAGUACACUUUAGGCGCUGUUUUCUGGAGUACAGGAUAUGUUGGUCUUUUGCUGAUAUUAUUUCUAAUUUUGUCAGACUUUUCAUCUUUGAGGUAGCGCUUGAUGUACCAAUUUGCGCUUUCGUGGUCUUAUAUCAUAAACACAUGGAUUUCUGGUGCUGUGACGGCCCGUGCGAACUCGCAAGAGCGCUGAUGAUGGGAUAUUGCAAUGUGAACUUUUAUUUCCUCACUAUCGGCCCUUACAAUGAUAUUCUGCGUGCUGCAUAUGAGGUUUAAGGCAAGAAAGACUGGACAGUGGGCAACUAUCAAAGACGAAAAGAAUUUUUUUCAAACGCACGGUCUCAUUAGGACAUUAGUUGAGCUUUUCUGGAAGCUAGACAUUGUUGGUGUUCUAUUGAUGACUAUUUCUGUGGGCGUAGCGCUC